GUUUCAGUUUCUGAUGAGGAAGUUUGCCAUAUUGGACUCUCGCAUGACUCGUAGAUGUCAUUUUUAUCGAAAGUGAUUUAGUCUCAAACGUCAUUAAGAUGUCAGCAACCUUACAAUCUACCAGCAAUCGCUCGCAAAACGAAAGUUUGAAAGAAAUGUUUCAGCCACACGAAGCACUCGAUCAUCCAUGUGAUUUGACUUUGUUGGUGGAAGACGGAAAAGAAUUCAAAGCUCAUAAAGAUGUUUUGUCGAAGGCCAGUCCCUUUUUUGAAAAGCUGCUGAACAGCGACAUGAAAGAGGCUAAAGAGGGAAUAAUUCGGUUGGAGAUGAGUAACGAGUUAGUGAUGUCUGCUGUACUGGAGUUUAUUUACACUGGUAGCGUUCAAACAUUAGCCCCUCGAGAGAUGGCCGAAAAUCUUGUCUUUAUGGCUGAUUACUUGUUUCUUCCGAAAUUAAAAGCUCUUGCCAUGCGAGUUGUAGAAAACUUAGAGGCCAUGAAUGCUUCAAACUGUAUUUCAAUCUACCAUUUUGCAGAAUUGUAUCGAUGCGACGAAAUUCUGUCCAGGACCAGACAGUUUAUCCUAGCAAAUUUCACAUCCGUAGCCAAAACAAACGAGUUUUUUAAUUUGUCCAACGAGGAAGUUGAGAUGUGGAUUUCCAGUGACGAAAUAGAUGUGACCACCGAGGAAAAUGUGUUUGAGAUCAUUUUAGCAUGGAUUGAUCGAGAUAAAAACGAACGAAAGAAAUAUUUCGCUGAUUUAUUUCGUCAAGUUCGACUUGUUUAUGUAUCACGCGACUUCCUAUGCGGUGUCAUUGCGACCAAUUACCAUGUGAAAGUUAAUGACGGAUGUUUGGAUCUUGUGAAGGGCGCUCUGAAGGCAAUUGACUCAAACAACUUCGACGAUUUAUCUACCCCACCAAGGAAGGCCCCGACCAUUGUGGUGUGCAGUGAGGAACACGUUCUUUGUUAUUUCCCUCGCGAAGACAGAUGGUGCAAUGUAGGAGACAGUUUAGGUUCACAUCACCGAACUCAGAUAGCCUCUAUUUGUCAUAACGAACUGUAUUCUUUUUCUCCAUCAAAUUCAGAGGUCCCUAUGUCACAAAUGCACCGCUAUGAUUUGUUUUCUAACACUUGGACGCCAUUACCGUACUAUGANUCAAUCAAUCAAUCAAUCAAUCAAUCAAUCAAACAAUAA